AUGGCGGUGAAUGUCGCAGCGACACUUCUCCUCGCUUCUGGGGUCACUCUCCUGAUUUACCUCAUUAAAUGGUGGAGGAAUGUAAAGAAGAAAGACUUGCCACCAGGGCCCACCCCUCUGCCACUUCUGGGGAAUAUAAUGCAGAUUAGUACCACUGAACUGCCACAGUCUCUGGUGAAGCUAAGUGAAAAGUACGGACCUGUGUAUACAGUAUACCUGGCCAACAAUCGAGCGGUCAUGUUGACUGGCUACGAUGCUGUGAAGGAGGCUCUGGUUGAUCGCAGCGAUGUGUUCAGUGAAAGAGGGGAAGCGGAUCUAAUAGAAUUAUUGUUUAAGAAUUUCGGGGUCAUCAUGAGCAAUGGAGAAAGAUGGAAGACAAUGCGUCGCUUUUCCCUGAUGACACUGAGAAAUUUUGGGAUGGGGAAGAGGAGCGUGGAGGAGAGAAUCCAAGAGGAAGCUCGGUGUCUCCGAGAGAGAUUUAUGAAGAGCAAAGAUAAACCGAUUAACCCCAUUAAUCUGCUAAGACUGGCUGUCUCCAAUGUUAUCUGCUCUAUUGUAUUUGGAGAAAGAUUCGACUACGAAGAUGAGAAAUUCAUGACCCUUAUGACACUUCUGCAAGAAUUUAUUAUCCUGGUGAACUCAGGAUUAGGCCAGCUUUUUAAUCUGUUCCCCACCAUAAUGAGCCAUGUCCCUGGCCCCCACCAGAAAAUGUUCCUGAAUUUUGAAAAGAUUAAAGAGUUUCAGAAAGAUAUGGUGAAAGCUCACAAGGAGACAUUGGAUGAGAACUGCCCACGUGACUUCAUAGAUUGCUUCCUCAUGAAAAUGGAAGAGGAAAAGAAUGACCCAAAAACAGAAUUCCAUUAUGAUAACUUAUUAGGAACAAUAAAUGACCUUUUCUUUGCUGGGACGGAGACUACAAGUAUAACACUGACAUAUGGCUUCCUGAUACUACUCAAAUACCCUGAGAUACAAGGUAACUCCAUCUCUAUCUACCAGAACAAUAAGCAUGUUUGUCACUCUCUGAUUAAGGUAGAAACGGUCGCACGCCUUCCAUACACUGCACGCCCCAUCGAUACUGCUCUCAAAUGUAGCAAAAUUUGCUCAGUAUGUAAAGAAUAUGCAGCCAGCAAGGACACCACGUUUAGAGGAUAUCACAUUCCAAAGGGAACUUUGGUGUUUCCAAUCCUAACUUCAGUCCUAAAGGACCCCACUUAUUUCAAGAACCCUCAUAAAUUUGACCCUGGACAUUUUCUUAAUCAGAAUGGCACCUUUAAGAAAAGUGAUGCCUUCAUGCCAUUUUCAGCAGGAAAGCGUGUGUGUUUGGGGGAGGGUUUGGCUCGCAUGGAACUCUUCCUCUUUUUUACAACAAUACUGCAAAGGUUUACUCUGAAACCCACCGUGGACAGAAAGUACAUAGACAUCACACCGGAGCCCAAGAGCAAUGCUUCCAGACCUCGGGAUUAUGAGAUGUUGGCUGUGCCUCGCUGAGGGACCAAUGUAUAUUCUGGUGCUAUUGGAUAUCUUGUUCAUGUUUCAGGAGCAUUAAUCACUGUACACUUUGUAAAUAGUAAUGUAAUAUCUUCUGGAUUUAUAUUAUUCUCUCUUUAUCAUUCUACAAACAAAAAUCACCAGAGCUAUAACACCUGUUGG